UGGAAGCUAAGACCGUGAGAAGUUUUUACGAUAAGAAGUUUCACGAUGCAAGAUACUGCGCUAGAGAUGGAAGACGAUACUUCAACGAGCGAUGAGUCUGAAGUCAUCGAACUAACAAAAGAUGACCAGGUCAUUACUGAGAGAAUAUGUAAGAAUUUAUCCGAUCUUGCGAAUAUUCAGAAGUCAUUUUCUGGUCAGCUGCAGUACUCAGCAUUUUAUGGAAUUGACUUGGAACUAAAGAAUAUGGAAGCACUGAAACCAUAUAGUUACCUUCAAAAAAUUGAUGUUUCCAAUAAUCAGAUAUCAAAUUUGUCUCCACUAAUAAAUUUAGAACAUCUCAUUAUACUAAAUGUGUCAAACAAUCUGAUUUACGAACUCUCCAGCUCCUAUCUUCCAAACACUCUGAAGCAUGCGGAUUUCUCUAGAAAUUUGAUUGAAGAAAUUUGUGACUUCCAGUAUCAUCCCAAGUUGACAUCUCUUUAUCUUGAUUAUAACAAAAUAAAACGCAUCAAAGGUCUGCAUCAGUGUGAACGUCUCCAUUCAUUAAGUCUUGCCUACAAUAUGAUUUCACGGAUUGAGAACCUUGAGUGUUUGCCUUUGCAAUAUUUAAAUCUGUCUCACAACUAUCUGACAAAAAUUGAAAACUUGGAAACUCUUGUCAAUUUAAGGGAAGUGAAUCUCUCUAGCAACAGUAUAUCCAGUUUGAAUGGUCUGAAAGGACACCAUGUUCUUGAAGUUAUAAAUGUGAAUAACAACAAGAUAAAAUCCAUUGAUGAAAUCUUACAUAUAAAUGGCCUUCCGUUGCUUCGCAUUUUUACCAUUCUUAAAAAUCCAAUUGAAGAUGUUCCAAACUGUAGUAAGAUCAUCUUAUUUCAUAUCCAACGACUCCUGGAACUAAAUGGCUCUCCAGUUUCUAUCCAUGAUAAAGUGGAAGCAACCAAUAUGUUUUCUCCUUCUCUUGAAGUUGUUACCAGCAAUUCCCAUAUGAUACACACUAUGUAUGCAUUUCUGGCUUCAAAUAAAAUCCGCAACAUAACACUUGCCAAUAUCAAAGAGCAUUACCCUAUAAUAGUAUUGGUAGGGCCUGAAGGAAGUGGAAACAGAUUGCUUGCUAUGAGGCUAGCAGAUGAUUUUCCAAAUCACUUAGGAUUUGGAAUUACAGAAACAACUCGAAUCAUAUAUCCUGGAGAAGUAGAAAACAAGGAUUUCAACUUCAUUACUGUCAAUGCUUAUAAGAAGAGUGUUGAAAGUGGUGAAUAUCUGGUAACAAAUAAAUAUAUCAAGGAUUAUUUUGGAUUGAAAAGAACCACAUUGGAGAACCUUGCUGAAGACAGAAAAGCAUGUAUCACUCAUAUGCAACUAGAGGCAAUGAUAAGCCUCCAAAAUACUGUCCUAAUGCCUCAGUUUAUCCUAACUUUGCAUACAUCAGAAACAGCUCAGAAUGAAUAUAUGCAAGCUUUAGGUGUCUAUACUGAAUCUGAUAUAACGAAAGCUCUGCAAAGCCGAGAAGAGCUAAUUGAAUUCAACCAAAAUCACGCUGGAUCUUUCUGUCAUUUCAUUUCAACAGACUCUUUAGAAGUUGCCUACCAAAAUCUGCAAAAUUAUAUCAAGCAAUGGCUAUCAUCACAAAGAAAUAUUUAUAAUGAAACACGAAUGACUCCAAUAUCUAAUGCAAUUAGCUCUUCAGAGAAUUUGUUUGUAGCUCCUGAGAGAGGUACCGUGGAAGAGGAAUCGGUGAAAAGACGUCGGUUUGUUGCUAAACAAAUAGUGCGAGCAGUUGUACCAACACUCUACGAAAAAAUUGAACGAUCGUCUUGCAUGGAAAUAGAUGAGGAAGAGAGAUCUCGAAGAAAUUCCAGAAUCUCAGCACUGAGAGACUUGAAAGCAUUACAAAAUAUUCAGAGAGAUUCGAGAGGAAUUAUAACAGAACCCGAGGAAGUUCCAAGUGACAUCGUGAGAAGAGCAUCGUUAGAAUUCGAAGAAUUCGAGAGAAUCUACAGAGGUUCCAGGAGGGGAACAGCAUUAAAUCUAGAAAAAAUAGUGGACAUUCAUGGCGAUUUCAAGAGCUGUUCAGGCGUUUUAGUAAAUAGUGUAGAGACAAAUAGUAGACUGAAAUACCGGACAUCUAAGCCUAAAAUGUAUGAUAAUGACACGACUGGUCAUUAUGAUAAAUUAAGCCAGUUAGUUGAUAAAUAUGAUGCCAAAACCAAACAUCCUGACACUCGUCUUCAAGAAGUGCCAAAAGCUAAAUCGCUUAGUGAAAGUCAUGUACCUGUUCGACUGGGUUCAGCCAAGCAUACAGUUGUACCCCCAAUACAUACUUCUACGAUUUGAUGUAAUUGCUAUUAAGGAUAAUUACUCAGAAAAAAUUUAUGUUAUAAAUUUUGACAUUUUUCAUUUUAACAAAAGAGACUUAAAAUGUGUUAUAUCUUCAACAAUCUUCAUUCUAAAAUACAAUC